GGAAGCAAGGAGCGGUAUCACUGGCAGACUCAAAAUGUACGGCAAAGUGGGGUGGACGAUAUGGUUCUUCUCUCCAAGAUCACGGAGGAAGCCAUCGUUGACAAUCUGAAGAAACGCUACAUGGAUGACUUUAUCUUCACAUAUAUUGGGCCGGUGCUGAUCUCUGUUAACCCUUUUAAACAGUUGCCUUAUUUCACAGAGAAGGAGAUUGAGAUAUACCAGGGAGCGGCUCAGUAUGAGAAUCCUCCCCACAUCUACGCUCUAGCUGAUACAAUGUACCGGAACAUGCUGAUCGACGGGGAGAAUCAGUGCGUGAUCAUCAGCGGGGAGAGCGGAGCCGGGAAAACUGUUGCAGCAAAGUACAUCAUGGGCUACGUCUCCAAAGUGUCUGGCGGAGGAGCCAAGGUCCAGCACGUGAAGGACAUUAUUCUCAAGUCAAACCCAUUACUGGAAGCCUUCGGGAACGCCAAGACCGUCAGGAACAACAAUUCCAGCAGAUUUGGUAAAUACUUUGAGAUUCAGUUCAGCCGCGGAGGAGAACCGGACGGGGGGAAGAUCUCUAACUUCCUCCUGGAAAAGUCUCGUGUUGUCAGUCAGAACACGGGGGAGCGGAGCUUCCACAUCUUCUACCAGUUGUUGGAAGGAGUCAGUGCUGAGGACCGGGAGAACCUGGGGGUCACCUCCCCGGAUUAUUACUUCUAUCUCAACCAGUCUGCUGUCUAUAAUGUGGAGGACGUCAGUGACAAGAAGGAAUUUUCAGAAACCAUGGCGGCAAUGGACGUGGUGGGUUUGUCCCAUGAUGCUCAGGCCUUUGUUCUGCAAAUCGUGGCUGGGAUCCUGCACCUGGGGAACAUAGGUUUUCGAGAGAAUGGCAACUAUGCCAUGGUGGAGAGCGAGGACUUCCUGGCUUUUCCUGCGUACCUUCUUGGCAUUGACCAGUCUCGGUUAAAAGAGAAGCUUACCAGCCGAAAAAUGGACAGUAAAUGGGGAGGAAAAUCUGAGGUGAUUGACGUGACGCUGAACGUGGAGCAGGCCUGUUUCACACGUGACGCCCUCUCCAAAGCCUUGUAUACCCGACUCUUCGAUUACCUGGUGGAGGCUGUGAAUAAAGCGAUGCAGAAGGACACUGAGGAAUACAAUAUCGGGGUUCUAGAUAUUUAUGGAUUUGAGAUAUUUCAGAAAAAUGGCUUUGAACAAUUUUGCAUUAAUUUUGUGAAUGAGAAGCUUCAGCAAAUCUUCAUCGAGCUCACACUGAAGGCCGAGCAGGAGGAGUACGUGCAGGAGGGGAUCCGCUGGAAUCCGAUCGAAUACUUUAAUAACAAGAUCGUGUGCGACCUGAUAGAGAAUAAAGUGAGUCCUCCAGGAAUUAUGAGCAUCUUGGACGAUGUCUGCGCCACAAUGCACGCGAAGGGAGAGGGCGCGGACCAGACGCUGCUGCAGAAGCUCCAGGCCGCCAUCGGCAGCCACCAGCACUUUAACAGCUGGAAUAAAGGAUUCAUCAUCCAUCACUAUGCAGGGAAGGUGUCGUACACGGCGGAUGGCUUUUGUGAGCGGAAUAGAGACGUAUUAUUCACUGAUCUUAUUGAACUGAUGCAGAGCAGUGAGAUACCGUUCAUCAGAGAUCGCUUUCCAGAAAAUCUCAAUGCCGAUAAGAAAGGACGUCCGACCACGGCCAGCAGCAAGAUAAAGAAACAAGCCAAUGACUUGGUGCAGACCUUGAUGAAGUGCACCCCCCACUACAUACGCUGCAUUAAGCCCAAUGAGACAAAGAAACCACGUGACUGGGAGGACAGCAGAGUGAAACAUCAGGUGGAAUAUUUAGGUCUUCGAGAGAACAUCCGCGUGCGACGUGCUGGAUACGCAUACCGCAGAGUCUUCAAGAAGUUUCUUAACCGGUAUGCCAUACUGACACGGGAGACAUGGCCAGAAUGGAGAGGAGAUGAGAAGAAAGGCGUCCUCCACCUGCUGCAGUCGGUCAACAUGGACUCCGAUCAGUACCAGCUGGGCAGAACCAAGGUGUUCAUCAAAGCCCCUGAAUCUCUCUUCUUGUUAGAAGAAAUGAGGGAGAGGAAAUAUGACAGCUACGCGCGUGUUAUUCAGAAAGCCUGGCGCAAGCACACAGCUGUCCGCAAGUACAUCCGCAUGAGGGAGGAAGCGUGCACUAUCGUCCUGAACAAGAAGGAGAGACGGAGGAACAGCAUCAACAGGAACUUUGUGGGCGAUUACAUCGGGAUGGACGGGCGUCCGGAGUUGCGGCAGUUUGUCGGGCGCAGGGAAAGAAUUGAUUUUGCCGACACCGUAUUGAAAUACGAUCGGCGUUUCAAGACGCUGAAGCGAGACCUAGUGCUGACUCCCAAAUUCCUGUAUCUGAUUGGGCGAGAGAAAGUAAAACAAGGGCCGGAGAAGGGGCAAAUAAAAGAGGUUCUGAAGAGGAAGAUAGAGCUGAAGGAUAUCCAGUCUGUAUCUUUAAGUUCGCUGCAGGACGACUUCCUGAUCAUCCAUGAGGCGCAGUAUGACAGUGUCCUGGAGAGCGUCUUCAAGACAGAGUUUCUCAGUCUUCUCUACAAAAGAUAUGAGGAAAGGACGCAGAAGAAGCUGCCGCUCAGAUUCAGUAACCAGCUGGAGUUUAAGGUGAAGAAAGAAGGGUGGACACCCUGGGGGGCUGCCGGGAACAGACAGAUCCAGUUUCAGGCCGGAAUGGGUGAUGUGGCGGUCCUCAAGGUAUCGGGAAAGGUGCAGGUUGUUAGCAUCGGGCCUGGUUUACCCUCUAAUUCUAGACCUUCUCGAAAGGAUAAGCGGAAGAGUCAGUAUCUGGAUGGUCGAGGUAAAGCUGCAGGUCGUGGAGCACAGACGGCCAAUGGAGGCAGCAGGAACUCCCGACCCCGACUGACCCAAAGAAUGUCAUUCACAUCCCGACAGAGCAGCAUCGACCAACCAAGCCUGCCACGACAGGGGGCCAGUCCUCGAGCCAAAGCCCCACCUGUAAACAUGGACCUGGACUUCAUGAAUGUACCUGAUAAAGGCGUGGCAGGAGUCCUCAGGAGACUUUCCAAAGAAGUAAAGCCGGUGCCCGGCGGAGGAAGAAGCAAACCUACGCCUAAACCCAAACCCCAGCCUCAACUCCCCCGCUGCCGCGCGCUCUACGCCUACGAUGCGCAGGAUACAGAUGAGCUCAGCUUCAAUGCAGAAGACAUCUUGGAGAUUGUCCGCGAAGAUCCGUCUGGCUGGUGGCAGGGCAGAAUCCGUGGCCGGGAAGGUUUGUUUCCGGGGAAUUAUGUAGAGAAGAUCUGAAUGUGGCCGCCGGGUGUCAUGGCCUCCACCACACAAAGCUUUUAUAAUAUGGCGGCCCGGCGCCAUGUUUUUAUUAGUCCUGUUUUUAUACUUUUUAAUUUUCCUUUCAGUGGAACUGCCAAUAAAUGUCUUCCC